AUGUUCCAUUAUACUGUAAAGGACUGCGAGACACAAUUUCGAAGUGAGCAGCAUAGUGGUCCAAGUGAGCAGCAUAGUGGUCCAAGUGAGCAGCAUAGUGGUCCAAGUGAGCAGCAUAGUGGUCCAAGUGAGCAGCAUAGUGGUCCAAGUGAGCAGCAUAGUGGUCCAAGUGAGCAGCAUAGUGGUCCAAGUGAGCAGCAUAGUGGUCCAAGUGAGCAGCAUAGUGGUCCAAGUGAGCAGCAUAGUGGUCCAAGUGAGCAGCAUAGUGGUCCAAGUGAGCAGCAUAGUGGUCCAAGUGAGCAGCAUAGUGGUCCAAGCGCCCGGCCCUUCUGCCCCGGCGCCCUUCUGCCCCGGCGCCCUUCUGCCCCGGCGCCCUCUACCCCGGCGCCCUUCUGCCCCGGCGCCCUUCUACCCCGGCGCCCUUCUGCCCCGGCGCCCUUCUACCCCGGCGCCCCUUCUGCCCCGGCGCCCUUCUACCCCGGCGCCCUUCUGCCCCGGCGCCCUUCUGCCCCGGCGCCCUUCUGCCCCGGCGCCCUUCUGCCCGGCGCCCUUCUGCCCCGGCGCCCUUCUACCCCGGCGCCCUUCUGCCCCGGCGCCCUUCUACCCCGGCGCCCUUCUGCCCCGGCGCCCUUCUACCCCGGCGCCCUUCUGCCCCGGCGCCCUUCUGCCCCGGCGCCCUUCUACCCCGGCGCCCUUCUGCCCCGGCGCCCUUCUACCCCGGCGCCCUUCUACCCCGGCGCCCUUCUGCCCCGGCGCCCUUCUGCCCCGGCGCCCUUCUACCCCGGCGCCCUUCUGCCCCGGCGCCCUUCUGCCCCGGCGCCCUACCCCGGCGCCCUUCUGCUGCCCCUUCUACCCGGCGCCCUUCUGCCCCGGCGCCCUUCUACCCCGGCGCCCUUCUGCCCCGGCGCCCUUCUACCCCGGCGCCCUUCUGCCCCGGCGCCCUUCUGCCCCGGCGCCCUUCUGCCCCGGCGCCCUUCUGCCCCGGCGCCCUUCUACCCCGGCGCCCUUCUGCCCCGGCGCCCUUCUGCCCCGGCGCCCUUCUGCCCCGGCGCCCUUCUACCCGGCGGCGCCCUUCUGCCCCGGGCGCCCUUCUACCCCGGCGCCCUUCUGCCCCGGCGCCCUUCUACCCCGGCCCCGGCGCCCUUCUACCCCGGCGCCCUUCUGCCCCGGCGCCCUUCCCCGGCGCCCUUCUGCCCCGGCGCCCUUCUGCCCCGGCGCCCUUCUGCCCGGCGCCCUUCUGCCCCGGCGCCCUUCUACCCCGGCGCCCUUCUGCCCCGGCGCCCUUCUACCCCGCCCUUCUGCCCCGGCGCCCUUCUACCCCGGCGCCCUUCUGCCCCGGCGCCCUUCUACCCCGGCGCCCUUCUGCCCCGGCGCCCUUCUACCCCGGCGCCCUUCUGCCCCCUUCUACCCCGGCGCCCUUCUGCCCCGGCGCCCUUCUGCCCCGGCGCCCUUCUACCCCGGCGCCCUUCUGCCCCGGCGCCCUUCUACCCGGCGCCCUUCUACCCCGGCGCCCUUCUGCCCCCGGCGCCCUUCUGCCCCGGCGCCCUUCUGCCCCGGCGCCCUUCUACCCGGCGCCCUUCUGCCCCGGCGCCCUUCUACCCCGGCGCCCUUCUGCCCCGGCGCCCUUCUGCCCCGGCGCCCUUCUACCCCGGCGCCCUUCUGCCCCGGCGCCCUUCUGCCCCGGCGCCCUUCUACCCCCGGCGCCCUUCUGCCCCGGCGCCCUUCUGCCCCGGCGCCCUUCUACCCCGGCGCCCUUCUGCCCCGGCGCCCUUCUACCCCGGCGCCCUUCUGCUUCUACCCCGGCCCCUUCUGGCGCCCUUCUACCCCGGCGCCCUUCUGCCCCGGCGCCCUUCUACCCCGGCGCCCUUCUACCCCGGCGCCCUUCUGCCCCGGCGCCCUUCUACCCCGGCGCCCUUCUACCCCGGCGCCCUUCUGCCCCGGCGCCCUUCUACCCCGGCGCCCUUCUACCCGGCCCCUUUCUGCCCCGGCGCCCUUCUACCCCGGCGCCCUUCUACCCCGGCGCCCUUCUGCCCCGGCGCCCUUCUGCCCCGGCGCCCUUCUACCCGGCGCCCUUCUGCCCCGGCGCCCUUCUACCCCGGCGCCCUUCUACCCCGGCGCCCUUCUGCCCCGGCGCCCUUCUGCCCCGGCGCCCUUCUACCCCGGCGCCCUUCUUCCCCGGCGCCCUUCUGCCCCGGCGCCCUUCUACCCCGGCGCCCUUCUGCCCCGGCGCCCUUCUACCCCGGCGCCCUUCUGCCCCGGCGCCCUUCUGCCCCGGCGCCCUUCUACCCCGGCGCCCUUCUGCCCCGGCGCCCUUCUACCCCGGCGCCCUUCUACCCCGGCGCCCUUCUGCCCCGGCGCCCUUCUACCCCGGCGCCCUUCUGCCCCGGCGCCCUUCUACCCCGGCGCCCUUCUGCCCCGGCGCCCUUCUACCCCGGCGCCCUUCUACCCCGGCGCCCUUCUGCCCCGGCGCCCUUCUACCCCGGGGGAGAAUCAACCAAAGAGUGGAAGAGUUUGACGACAGUCGACGUCCAUCAAUAUUUCACAGUUCAUGACUCAAGCCGGCUGAUCAUGUGUCAAGUUGGUGCUCUGGUGGACCACGUGUCCAGAUUAUUAUGGAACAAUGAAUAA